AUGUCCCUUUAUGAACGAUUUCUUGCAACAGAAAAGGUCAUUUAUUUUGCCAAUAUACAAAAAAUUUGUUUUAUGUUGUUCAGAAUAUUCAUAUUUCUGCUUCCAUCAAUGUCUCAGAUUUGUUGUUGUACUGUACCUGAAAUAAUAGAAAACACACUCAAACAUAACAAGAACAAUUUAUGUUUUGAGAGAUUUAUCCAAGGUUAUAAGAUUGAAGAAAAACACACGAGAAGCAUGACACAACUUGGAGGGCCGAGCUCGCGCCAGAAGAAGCGGCUGGGCUCCGGCCGCACCAGGAAGUCGCAGGGGAGCCGUGCGACCCGCUCCAAGGGCCCCGGCCGCCGCCUUGGUGAGUGCAAUCGGGGGCCUGCAGAGAAAGCUUCCAACAUGAUUCACCUUAUCUUUAUUCACUAUUGUAUCGUCCGAUGGAAAUAAUGAAUGCUUAAUGUAGAUGCGUAUAACCAUUUCAAGGAAGAACAUGUGAAGAAAAUAAUACAGUCAACCGCUCAUGAUUUUCAGUGUCGCUCUUGUCGAUAAAAUGAACAAACAUCUUACGAUGAGCUGAAGAUAUACGUAAAUAUCCAAUUCUUUCUUGUUUCUGAUCUUUGUGGUGUUGAUUCAUCUCUUUCAUCUUAUUUGUGAAACUACUCAGUAUUCAUUUCCAAAGAUAGAGGUACAUUGAACAUGAAUGAGCCAACGACAAAAGAGCUGCGGGUAUUUCCUCGAAUGAAUCUAGUCAUGAUGUAGUUCUGAUUUUCAUUAAAUUCUAGAAAAAUUCG